AUGCCCACGCCCAUUGCGAACGAGGCCAUCUACUCUACGUCAGAGCAGUAUGGCCAUGCACCACCGCUGAUGCCCGUGCCCAUGAUGUUGAAUCAGUUUGGCCCUGCGCAGUCCUUUUAUCAGGCUAUGCCACCUCCUAAUCCAGUUGCAGUCACUCCCAUGUACAGUCAUGCUGCAGCUCAGGAAUAUUGCGAUUACAUGUUCAACGUUGGCUUCAAGCAAGGUCUUUUCUCUGAUAUUACCGUCACCGUUCCUACACUGGAGCAAACCAUGGCGUUGCACUGUCUUGCUCUUUCCCGAUCGCCUGUCCUCUAUCGCCGCUUGUCCGAAUCCACUGAACCAUCGAUGGAGUUGAAUGUAUCACCAGCUGUGUCCGUGGAAGGAUUACAUCAUACGCUAGGCCAUUUAUACCGGCCGCUGACGCAUCAGGAAAUCGUGCUAUUGUUGAAUGAUAAGCCGGCCGUAUGCUUGGAAAUUGUCGAUGUCGCGGAGCAACUGGAAAUGGAUUUGACGGAUUUUGUGUUAAACGUUGUCUCGAAUAGCUUGGAACCCGCCAACAUUUACUUUUGGCUGAAUGCUUUGCAGCCCUUUCGUGCCAAACAUUGGGCGUCUGUGUUUGAGCACCGUCUAGUGGUGUGCCUUUGCCAGCAUCUGGCGACUCAAUUGGAUGCUUUCAACUACGAAGUGCGUUCGAACAAUACGUAUAUCUCAUCCUCGAAAUUACCUCCGUUCACCCAGAAUGUGUUGGAUUUGGCUCAAGUGUUUGCUCAGUUGCCGCUCGAGUUUUUGAAAAGAUGCCUCGGUCAACCUGAUUUAGCAGCUGGAAGGGAUCCUAUGCAACGAUUUGAGUUUGCGAAGCAGGUGAUGGCUAUUCGACAGCGUCAAGGAAACGAUGAUAUGUCGGUUGCUUUGCGUUUUGACAAUGGCGUCAUCAACGUCCACGUUGCCAAAAAACCAUCCAUCAGAAUGACCCAAUGA